CGGGACCAAACAGUAAGUUCGUUAUAUCCGUCAGUUCGUUAUAAGCGUGUGCGUUAUAACCGUAGUUUACUGUACUUGUGAAACCGCUGAUAAUCCCCCCGAGCAAUAUAAGGCGGAAGCUCAUUCUGUCCACGCACACACAUCAGUGACGAAGCAGCUGUACUAGCGAGCGGACUGAGAGAGCGUUUGAUCUUACUUACAGCAAAAUACAGCGAGAAAUGGAGGUUAUGAAUAACAUAGUACCACGACUUAUGGUGGAUACACUACCAUCGCGGGAUCUACCUGACUGUGUAGACGAUGAUGUCGAGACAACGGCCUCGCAUAUGGAGAUAAUGAAGUCGGAGGAGAACAGACUGGCGUCGUUCAAUGACUGGCCCGCGAACAUGUCACAACAACCUCGGGAUCUGGCUCAAGCAGGUUUGUUUUACACACACACUGACGAUCGUGUUCAGUGUCCCUUUUGUUACGGCGUAUUGAAAAAAUGGCUGCCAAGUGACUCACCAUUAUCCGAACAUUCUAGACAUUUUCCACAGUGUCGUUUUAUUCGUGGUUUGAAUGUCGGUAAUAUUCCUAGAAUGUCGUUAAAUAUGCCGCCAUUGAAUCAGUUGUCUCAUGUCAAUACUACAGUUUAUAGACCUUCGCCGUCUUCGCCUGUUAAUAUCAUACCGCCCCAUAAUACUUGUAUUGUUACUGGGAGUGAAUAUAAUACUGGGAGUGGCUAUAAUACUAGGAGUGUAUAUAAUACUGGGACCGGCUGUAAUACUGGGAAUGGCUGUAAUACAGGAGCUGUGCACAUACAUCAUAUUGUAAGCCCUAAUAGAAUCCCAGAUGAUGCAGACUUAACAAAGGAGGAUAACAGACUAGCAACUUAUACAGACUGGCCGAAAAGCUUGCACCAAACGCCCGAACAGUUGGCCAGAGCCGGGCUGUAUUUCUUCCCGAGCGAGGAGAAGCCGGACAGAGUGAAGUGUGCCUACUGCCAUGGCAAGUUAUAUAACUGGCAAGCAGGGGAUGACCCGUGGAUGGAGCAUGCCAAAUGUUUUCCGACCUGCCGAUACAUCACACUGUGUCUAGGAGCAGACAUUAUUAGAGAUCUACAGACUCCAAGCCACGCUGCCAGCUCAAGUAGAAAUGUUGGCGGAGAGACACGGGUAUCCUCACCAUCUACAACCGUAACACAAACCAACCGUCCUGUAGAGACGACUGCAUCAACCGUGCCAUCUUCAACACGUCCUGUGAACAUGAACACCAGAACCCCAGAGACACGCACUGACGACCUUCACGUAUACCUGCGAAGCGAACCAGUACAAGCGGUAUUAGAGAUGGGUUUUGGGGAAGAUCUCGUUACACAGACUGUGGAACAGUGCUUGCGAGAACGAUCCGGAGAUUUACCCCAUGCAGCUGAGCUUGCCUCAAUGGUGAUGGCUUUAGAGGAAACACCAGCUGCAGCUGCAGCUGCAGCUGUUCCCGUGCGAGCUCCGACGCCUCUACAGAGAUUGAUCGCAGCUGGGGGUAGACAGACUCAUACCAUCCCUGCCACACCUGAAACAAGUAGGGUAUCAACUGGAGGUGACCAGGCAUAUAAUACAAAUAAACUUAAUACAUCACAUCAUGCAACUGGACCGACAUGGACACAUUACAGAGAUCCUGCCCUUAAUCCAGCGAUAAUUCGAGAGGAGAACACUCGACUCAAAGACAAAUAUCUGUGCAAGGUUUGUUUUGAGAAUCAGGUAAGGGUGACCUUCACGCCUUGUGGCCACUUGGCUUGUUGUGGACCCUGCUCCAUGGCAAUGUCAGAGUGCCCUAUCUGCAGAACAGCGAUUUCUGGAUGUGUGCGUACAUUCUUCUAAUCCAUGUUCUUCGCACAAAGUCAGGCUGGUCUGUGAAACUCCUGUAUCUCCAUCCACAAGAUCAGACGCUGACAAGCUGCAUAGAGGGUAGAAGGCAAGCAGCGGAGGAUGACGUAUGGAAAUCUAAAGUUAAAAACAACGAAAAGAUAAAGAGAGGGAAAGUCGUUCACAUGAUUAGAAAGGGAAUGAAAGAAUGAGAUAUCCAGAACAUGAAACUAAGGAAGGACUUGUAAACCAGAACAAAGAACUACGUGUUAAACGUUGUAAACAAUGAGGAAAAGCAAGUAAUACAGGAGAAAAAAAAAUGAAACACGCUGGCACAAUGAUGCAAAAGUACCUUGAGAUGAAUAUAUUAUGGAGACAGGGGACAACCCAGUUGAAGCACCAUCAACCUUGAAUCACACACAGCACAGAAGACCGAGGUCUGGCAGCCUUCCCAGAAAGAUGAUCCGUAUGGUGAAGCAUUGGCUGUCAGAGAUGCGGGGUUUCACAUACAAUACACGCAGACAUUAACAUAAUCACGGAAGUCGGUAAAGAUAUAAGACACGGUACGGUGGAGAUAUGAUCCUGACACACGUGACAAGGAAACGUUACAUUUUGAGUAAUCACAAGACCUGUCGUGUUGAAUUCCUAGUGACAAACAGCCAUCACGUUACUCACGAGGAGGUGACUACCGUUUUUUUAUAUACCACAUGAUAUUAUUUAUUUGUAAAUCCCGACAUGUGUGCAAUAUUGGACUUUCGACUCUGAACUUGUCACAUGCUUUCACACUUCACAAUAACCCGCUUGCACUUUGCGUCUUAAGUGCCUAGUCUUUGUUCUCCAUAUAUAUAGUCAACUGUGUCCCCAGUGACACGUUUUCCCCACGUCUGUUAGUCAACUGUGACUUUAAAUCUGUGUGAUAAAUUUUAGCAAUUUCUAUAAGUCAACUGUGUCUUGAUUGAAACAAAACUGUCCAUGUAAGUCAACUGCAUGUGCCUUUAUUGAUACAUUUUCUCAAAUUGUAUUAGUCAACUGUGUCUUCAUUGAUCCAUUUUCUCAAAAUCUAUUAGUCAACUGUGUCUUCAUUGAUCCAUUUUCUCAAAUUCUAUGAGUCAACUGUGUCUUCAUUUAUUCCUUUUCCCAAAUUGUUCAUUUCUACGUUAGUUUCUAAAAUGACACUUACAUAUAUUAUUAUGUUAAUGGGCCUUUUACACCCACGAGUUUCAUAUCGCCUAAUAAAGAUAGAUAAAAUUGAUAUUAGUCAGGAGUCACAGUUAAUAUUUCACGACAGGAAACUGGUGCUGGCGUAAUGAGAUAAUUCGCAGUAUCAGUACUGUACUGUUUAUCCAUGUUUAUCAAUAUGUUGCAUAAUUGAUAUUGAUAUUGUGAUUGAUAUUCAAACAAUGGGAGUCGGGGAAUCUCAAAUAGUGGGCAUUAAAGAUUUGCUUUAACAACAGAUCGUGUAUAUAUUUCACUGCAUUAUUUUUACCAGGUUUACAUUGAGGAGUAGAAUACGAUCCGUUCAAUAUUUAUACUAUCUAAUCAAUAGCUUGGUAUAGUAUUGUAUCUGAUAUGAAGGCACCUGUACCCGGCGAUGUAUAGCUGUACAUGUUUACAGUCACGUCUCAACUACAACGAAAAUGUACAGUUCUUUCACUCUGUAAAUAGAUAUACCGACCACGCUAACAGAUUGAAAUAAAUGUAAAAACUAAAAAUUCUCAUUUGUGACGCUAUACAUCAGUAAUCAUGUAAAUAUGCUCGGGAAGGGCUACCGUCGUGAAAACGUGUGCCCAAUCCUUUUCCUUGGGAAUAAAAUAUGUUUGAAUCAAAUACAGUCCCGUAAAAACGUGUAUACUGUCUGAUAAUUCCACAAAUAAGGACUAUUAAAUGUUUUUAACAAAUUCUAAAAUCUUUAUUUUACUAGAAUAUGAGGUUUAUAUAUCGACCUCCUACACGGUUGUGUAAUCUACAGGAAAACCACAACGUUAACAUUAAGUAUGAGCACAAGGAAACUCUAUUUUAUCCAGUUUAACAAGUUUGUUUGAAAUACAACCGAGCUUACGCCCCAUUACAUGGCUGCUUUACAAGUAUUCCCAAGUGUGACGAUGUAUUUGAUGGGUGUUUCCAGGUUAUACAGCUUGAAUUACCCAUCUGUACACGUUUCAUCUGAAGGCGUACACACCGCCAAAUGCGUGACGUAUUGUGUGGACUUAGACCAGCCUAGUAAUACAAUUGUACAUGUAUUUAAGAUGUAUUUUCCAUGUAUGUCGCAAUUCCCGAUGCAGUGACUCCCUUCAAGGUUUGUCUAUCCGGAACCUCCAUCAAUCAGAUUACGAGAAUACAGGAUAACUGGAGUUGACCCAGUUUCAUUGAUAUCAUCCCAACGCGGGAAGGAAAUUCAUAUGAUGUAUAUAGUGCAUGAUAGCAUUUCCCUGAGGAAAUUGGUGCUUGAGGGAACUUGGUCGUGGGCAAAUAACUAGGAACUUUAACACACAUGGAUACCCACAUACAUUGUUUUUAAGACUAUCUUCCAAGUGAAAUACAACAUUAUCAAAUCAAUCAUAUAGUAACCCGGAAACCGGUUUAUUCGCAGGAAGGACCCUACGAAGUCGUGCGAUUUCUUCUCGAAAUCAGUCAUGCAAGUGUCUUGCUUAAUCCGGAUUAAGAGGGGGGUCGUCUCCAAAGCAAAGAUCAAAUAUUCACGGUUCACUAAGUUCGAUGUGUUCUUACAAAGUCGACCUGAGCGUAUACAUUGAUGUACAUCGCGGUUAAAAAAAAAGCAUUUGCUUGACUGGACCUCAGAGGUUGUGAUAUGCAGACACCAAAGGCUGGACCUUCUGGAAUAUUGCUCAACAUAAAGAUUGACGUCAAGUGGAAGUCAAUCUCUUGUUAUACAGCCAUGUGGAGUUUUGCAUGCAUACAAUAAACUUGAAGGGUUAUUCACAUUGGACGAACCAUUUGAAAUGUAGUUAAAAAGAACAGUCAGAUAAACUCAUUCCAAUCAUUAAAAUGCUUUCUGAAGCUCAAAAGGAAUUCCGAGCUGAUUUGCUUGUCACUCAAUUCGUGUCCCACGCCCAGCGAUGACACCA